UGGGGGAUAACGUCGAUAUGCGGGAGCUGCGUUGAGUUUUAAUAAUCAGCGGGUGGACUGUCGCGUGAGACGUCGUUCACCGUGAGGAUGGUGGAGCGCUCGGACCGAGCCCCUUUGCUGGACUGGGAGGAGGUCCCGUCCGCGGAGAAAGCUCCGGGCAGCCUGUCGAGCCCCCCCGACAGCCGCGUCUCGUCGGGAUGCUCGGGGUUUGGGUGGAGCAGCGGACCGGGGGGUCCCGCUCCGGGCUCAGACGGCUGCGGUGCCCCGCCCGCGACCUCCGGCGCCCCGGCGGCCGCGCACGAAGCGCAGCCUCCCGGCAGCGAGGAGCAUCUCUUGGACUCAGGAGGCAGGGAGGCGCCGCUCGAGGGGCGGAUGCUGAAGUGGGAGGAAAAGGACCAGAUCGUGUCCGUCUUUGUAGUUGCAUUUAACACCAGGACAGGAAACAUGCUGGAGUGGUGUCUGCCCAAAGACAUGGACCUGGAGGGAGUGGAGUUCAAAGCCAUCGCCAGCGGCUCCCACAGAGUCACCACAGACUUCAUCUACUUUAGGAAGGGCCACUUCUUCGGCCUCGCUUGCUUUGCCAACAUGGCCGUGGAGAGUACAGAGGAGAGGGGGGCGAGGAUGAAGUCUGUAGGGAUCCUGUCUCCUUCCUACACCCUGCUAUACCGCUACAUGAGCUUCCUGGAGCACCAAGUCAGGCUCCAGCUCCAGUCCCCUGGGCACUACUCCCCACUAGAGGCCUUCUAUGAGGACAAGCGAGCUCUGCUGCCCCCCAGUGGAGAGAUUGUGGUUACUGCAUUACCCGCCAACUCCUGGGGAGCGCCUAUAAACCACAGCAUGCACCCUGAAAUGAAGAUCACUCAUCCGGCGGGCUGCAUGUCCCAGUUCAUCCGCUUCUUCGGAGAGCAGAUCAUGGUCCUUUGGAAACUGGCGCUCCUCCGCAGACGCAUCCUCAUCUUCUCUCCUCCACCCGUGGGCGUGGUCUGCUACAGAGUGUACUGCUGCUGCUGCCUGGCGAACAUCUCCAUCCCCGGCGUCGGCGUGGCCGUGCCCGAGUUCCGACCCUUCUUCUACGUCAACGUCGCGGACAUCAGCGUUCUGGAGAACGAGCUCUCCUACGUCGCAUGUACGACCGAGAAGAUCUUCGAGGAGAAGAAAGAUCUCUACGACGUUUACGUGGACAAUCAGAACGUGAAGACCUACAGGGACGGCCUGAAGCCUCUGCUCCGCCUCAGCGCCGCAGACAGAGAGAAGUACCGCAAGCUGACGGAGCAGAGGCAGAUGCUGCUGUACUCCCAGGAGAACGGAGACUGCGCGUCCAGCGAGGAGGACCUUUUCAUUUUGUUUUUCCUGGAGCAGAACAACAGGAUUUUCCAGACUCUGAGCGAGGUGGCCGGGAGCUCAGACCCCACCAUCACUCAGGAGAGCGUGAGGGCCAUGGGUCUGGAUCCGCACGGGGACCGGCUCUUCCUGCUCCACCUGCUGGAAAUCUACGGCUACGACAGCCUGCUGGUCUCAGAGCAGCUGUGCUGCAGCUGAGACGCUCCACUGCCGAGUCUGGACCUGCUGCAGGGC